AUGGACCUUUGUAAACAUACCGGUUGGCUGCGCUUAUCAACCAAAGACAGAGCAUACGUACUCGAGAUUUCUGACCGUGCUCAGCGACUGCUGGACAGUCUGCCACGACCGGAUAAUCAGUUUCCCGGCGUGAUCCACUUAAUAGGAAAUGAGACCAAAAGGCUUGCAAUGAAGAGGUUGGGCGUGGAAAUCGCCAGGCCUAACACUAGUAGAGGUCAUGGCGAAAUACAUCUCUCGUUAUCUGCAGAUACUGUGGCGAGCGACAGACCCGUCGUCGUUGCCGACAGCGAUAUCCCGUUACAUAACCGUCUCGGCCGACCCAGAAAGCCGCCGCUCUGUCAUGAGAUAACAGCCCGGCCGCUGCUCCAGCCGCUUAAGAACGCUAGCUCUUCGAAGGUGGAAUGCAUUGCCGAUCGCGCCUAUACCCGUAUGCUACUUCCAUUCGCAGACGUGAUUUGCUUCUUUGCUGGCGAUGUGGGCGGUCUACCAAGGGUCGCGCACCGUUUGGCGGCAUGGUUAGAUCUGGGAAAGCAAUCAACAUCGGCUGUGUGCCCCUGGCUUGUGAUUAUUGUCGAAAGCGGCGAAGAAAACGUUGCCCGGCAGACCUUGCUGAAAAGUCUCCGUACUAUGACUAGUAUUGACGUUUUGACGCUCUUUCAGGGCAUUCGGGUAGUUAGUUUAGCUGGCCUGGCGCCAAAGACGGCGCUGCGUCGAGGCUGUCCGUCCGCGCGAUGGGAUACAUUCAGAAACGAGCUUUUAUACAUGGUCGAGACAAAAAGAGUUGAGAGAUUACAGGCAAGUUGCCUUUUUUCGGCUACACAUCUUGCUGCUUUUCUACGCCACGCGGCCGAAAGGCUGGGAGAUGUAACCUCCCCGCCCCUCGAUUUCCUUGGCGCAGCUCGAAUAGAAAAUCCCGUCGCAGGGGACCUGGAACAUCACCUGGCGAAUUUCCUCCGGGAAUUUCGAUCUCUCGAAUCGCUAAGGGCUUUUGCAGUUCCGGUUAUUGCUUCGACUUUCCUCCUUGACCAGUAUCCUCCUGGGAUGCACCACUUUGACCCCCGUGACGUGUUUCAGUCGUUGUAUAGGGACGCCUGCUAUAACAUAUGUGGGGCUGUAGUGCUCGCACACGAGGGUUCGACCGAGAUGGUAUUGCCCUCACAGUUUGUUAAGCUGAUCGAAACGGAGAUGACGCGUAGGUUCAGACGGUUGAAGGUGGGCGAGUCGGCUGCGUCGGUUCAUCGGCAUCUUCUCGCUCAGUUUGGAGACGAGUGGGCUCGUUUCCAAUCAGAGAAGACGUGCUACCAUUGCCUGUCACGCCGACCACAAGUCUUCCCCCCUUGCGGCCAUGGCUGGUGCAGAAACUGUGUCUCUGUGUUUGGCACGCCCAGCCCGGAUAAUGAAUGGGCUGUUGAAAUUGAUGGCUGUCUUCUAUGUAGGAAAGAAUGGCGGAUGCUUUUUCAGCUAAAGCCGGACACGGCAACGGUUCGAGUGCUCUGCCUUGACGGCGGCGGCACGAGAGGCAAGUAUCCUUUGAAGUUGCUAAAACAGCUGCAAGAUAGGAUUAAUCUGCCCAAUUUCCCCGUUCAGCAGCACUUCGACAUAGUAUAUGGAACGAGUUCGGGUAAGAGCUACUAUAUCAGCGCCGGUGCACUGUGCCUCAAUGGCUGGACCAUCGAAGAGUGUAUUGCCUCUUUCGAGUCUUUGGCAAGCCAAGCGUUUACGCCCCGCCACCUGCCAGCCGUGCCUGUUGUGCGUCCGCUUCUCGAGCUGGUAAUGUGUCUGCCCCUUGUGCCCACUUUUGUCCGUCUUGCAGCUCUGGUACUUCUUGAUAGCCGUUACCCGUCUCGGCACAUCGAGAAGGCUUUGCGGAGUGUUUUCGGCCUAGAUAAAAGCAUUGUAGACUAUUCCGCCGCGAACGCCAUGGGGACGAUGGUCGGCAUGACAACUGCAACUAUCCAAGAUGCGAGCGCUUGCGUCUUCACCAACUACAACGGAGUAGGGGUGCGAGAUGAUAAUCGAGGUCUCGAUCAGGUUCCAUCCCCAAUUCGUCCAUGUUAUAGCUCUGACGAUUUGGGUAUGGCAGACUACCGCGUUCUCAUGCCGGAAAAUGGGGCUCGAAACAUCCCCAUUUGGGAAAUUAUCCGAUGCGCAACAGCAGCGCCAUAUUACUUUACGCCAUGGCACAUUAGGGGAGUUGGUAAACUCCAAGACGGCGGCCUAGUCGCCAACAACCCAUCCUCUAUCGCCUUGCAAGAAGCCGCUGCCCUAUACCCCAAUGCCCCGGAUCCCAGCAUUCUCGUUUCCCUCGGGACUGGGUCCUCGGCUCAAUGUAAUGAGUCACAUGUGUCCGAAUCGCGAUGGCCGUGGAGAGACUGCUUCCCAAUACGGCUUUUCCGAGCGUUAUGGAACCUUGGUAGCACUAGGAGGACUUGGCAGCAAGUGAUAACCCAUAAGAAGGUAGGACAUGCGGGAGAGUUCUUCUGCUUCGACGUCGAGUUUGCCGGUGAGGAGCCGCCGCUAGAUGAUUUGUCCUGUCUGGAAGACGAUGACGAGAACGACAGAGGCACCAUCAUAGGACUGCCUGAGUUGGAGCGCUUAGUACUGUGCAUGCGGGCGGAGCUGUUUGUGUUCGAGUUAUGCCCCGUACGGCCGUUCCGCUUUGUUAACGGCGAGUAUGAGUGCCUUGGUUACAUACGGUGUCGGCUGGAAGCAGGAUCCGACACACUGCACGAGUUCAUGUCGCAGCUAGGCCAAAGUUUUGCUUCGUUCCGUGUCGGAGACCGUGCCCUAGCUGGCGGGUUUCCAAAACAUCCACUUCUAGACGAUGACGGCAAGUUUUGCAAGGAAGUUCGGUUUCGGGUGGCAAGCCGAGAGCAGCCAGUGGGUAUUUCUCUUUGGGAAAGUUCCCGGGAAGGCUGCAGCAUCAGCGGCUCGCCUUUCAACCUCCAGCGCCUGGUACGUGAGCAGAAGCUGGAUGCAAGCUUCGGCACCGCCGAUCAUCGCAAGAGGAGGAGGGAGGGCAAAGAAGAAGCUAGCGGGCGACACAAGCGCCAGAGACGGUAG